UGUCACUCGCCCUCUGUCUGUCAAGUCCAAUUGUACAACUCCUCACAACUCCUCAAGAUCAUCACGAUGAGCAACCCACACAAUGAACGAUAUCCACCACAUACUAGCCACUCUUCUACAGCUUCAAGUCGUUACCUGAGCGAUAACUCUUCAAAUUCGCGUUACUGUCCUGCGCCAUCUCUGCCUCUCGGUAUCAACGAUGGGAGAAUGUCUUUCCAUAGACGUGAUAACGACAACGAAAACGGCGGUACUCGACAAGACGAGUCUAACGACACUCGCUCAACAUCAGGCGUUGCUCAAGAUAUGCGCGACGCAUCACAAGAUACUCUGGUUGGCAAAGAGCAAAAUUUCAAACGUAAAGGCAGUAGAAAAAUGUCUCUGGUCUCUGGUAUCCCUCAUGUACCAUCCGUCCUUUCUGCGUUGCACCGCGAGCGACGCCCUUCUGUCAUCGUUCACAAUAUCGAAGAUAUUGUGAUCAGGCGCAAGUUCUUGCUCAAGCUCGCCAAGGCGUUGCUCACUUUCGGUGCACCAUCUCACAGAAUUCAAUCCCAGCUUUCAGCAGCAUCGGAUAUCCUUGGGGGCGAUGCCGGUACCUCUCAUCUGUGAAGUCAAACUUCCCACUCAAUGCGAUUUGUUAGAAUUUGUCCAUCUCCCCAACAUCAUCAUUGUCUCAAUCCGUAACGGCGAUUCGACUUUCACGUACUUCGUACGUGCCACUGGUCGAGUGGCACUCACCUCACUUCAUGAAGUUCAUCAGAUUUACCGCGAUGUUCUCCACGACAAGAUAGGUGCGGAGGCUGGUACUCAUGCACUGCGGCAACUUCUUCGUACCCAUCCUAUUUACCCUCUCUACCUUCGGUGUGUUUUGGCGCUCUUUUCUGCCUCCAUCAUCUGUGUAGUUUCAUUUGGCGGAUCCUUCUUUGAUAUGUGGAUCAGUGGCGCUUGUGCCUGUGUCCUUCAGUAUCUUGGUUUGAGCGCAGCGAACAAGAGUGCUAUGUAUGCGAACGUUUACGAAGUCUCCGUUUCGAUUAUCGUGGCUUUUGUGGCAAGGGCUCUGAGCAAUAUUCCAGGCAACAUUUUCUGUUAUAGUGCAAUCUCUUCUGCCGGAGUUGUACUCAUUCUACCAGGAUACACUGUCUUGGUCAGCGCCCUGGAACUGAUGUCGAAGAACAUGUUCUGUGGUUCUGUCAGAAUCGUCUAUGCGAUUAUCUAUACGUUAUUCCUCGGUUUUGGACUUACUAUUGGCUCGGACUUUUAUCUCGUUGUAGACCGCCGAGCCAGAAAAGCUUACUAUUCGAGCAACACACACACAAAUCUGACCUAUCUACAGGGACACUUUGAGUUUACAAACGGGUCUGCCCCAUCUUUGCACCCUCAGGGCGUUCUCGGUUAUGGUAACCCUCUAACAUAUGAACAACAACACAUUGUGAAAGGCUGUUUCAGAGACCCCUCAUGGCAUUGGAUGAAGCGACCAUUUCCAUGGUGGACUCUCUUCUUCCUGGUGCCUUUGUAUUCGACAUCAUCGUCACUCUCGAACCUACAGCGUCUACGUAGCAAAGAACUGAUUAUCAUGGUUUUCUUCUCUUGUUGUGCAUACGCCGCAAACAAGGGUGCAAGCAUUGUCCUUCCGGGUCGCACCCAUUUGGUGUCUGCCACCGGCGCGUUUGCUAUCGGACUUCUUGGAAACUUGUACUCUCGUACCGUCGGUGGUACCGCCUUUACGUCUAUGGUGACAGGAGUUCUGUUCUUAGUGCCAUCCGGUAUUGCCCAAGGCGGAGGUGUUACUCAGACGUUUCAUUCUGCCGCGGAGCAAUAUCAAACUGGGUUCGCUCUCGCUCUUCGGAUGAUAUCCGUAGCCUCCGGUGUUGCUAUAGGGCUGUUUGUCAGCCAAGUUCUUGUUUACCUGUUUGGCACGCGCAAGGGUGUCGCACAUUUCGCCUUCUAGAUGUUGUCAUCCAUGUGUUUGCAGAUUCUCGGCAUGUCGUCUAUAGGGCGAAGAGUAUAAUUAUGUACAUUAUGAAAGGUUAUAUAUUAUGGCAUACAGUGUACAGAUAACAGUGUUCAGAAAGUAA